AUGGGCUACGGCAUUCUUUGGACUCCUCCUUGGUGUCGACUGAAGGACUGUGAGACACCACGUUUGACAACAUGGCUCACGAUAUUGUACGCCUUCUGCGGGGGCUUCAAUUCCGCCAAUCUGUUCUACAGCCAUCCCAUCCUCAAUGUACUUGCUGAGGAUUUCCACACCACACAAAGUGGAGUUGCAAACAUUCCUACACUUGCACAAGCAGGAGAGGCUAGCUGUCUGCUUUUGAUUCUACCACUUGCUGAUUUCUUCCCUCGAAGACAAUUCACCCUCGUAAUGACGACUCUGGCUGCUCUGUUCUGGCUUGGCCAAUGUCUAACCAACAACUUAACUAUCUUUUUGGUGUUGACCUACCUUUCCGCACUCUUUACCUGUGUCGUCCACGUUGUCAUUCCAUUGGUUUCAGAGCUCUCAUCUCCAUCCCAGCGAGCUUUCAAUUUAUCAAUCGUUGGCACGGGCCCAACUUUUGGGAUUCUGCUUGCGCGGAUUUUGUCUGGGAUUGUGGCGAACUAUACCAAUUGGCGCAACGUGUACUGGAUGGGUCUUGGUAUCCAGAUCCUUGUCCUGGGACUUUUGUUCGUGUUCAUGCCGGAUUACGAACCUAUCAAUAAAAGACCGCUGCGAGACAUUGCCAAAACCUACCCACGCAUACUUCUGUCCAUUUUUAGACUUUAUUUCAGACAUCCGGUUCUUGUACAAUCAAGUCUUCUGGCCUUUACUUCAUUUACUGUGCUAACGGCGUAUUGGACAACACUUACCUUCCUUCUCUCGCAAGCACCCUAUAAUUAUGGAUCGGCUGCUAUUGGACUAUUUGGACUUAUCGGUGCUUCGACUCUUCUCCUUGGGCCUCUCUUUGGAAAGUUCGUGAUCACGCCCCUGCGUGUACCACUAUACUCCGUCUUCAUUGGCAUAACACUCAGCAUGGUCGGCGUCGUGGUGGGAACUUUCGUGGGUGUACACAACGUGGCUGGGCCUGUGAUCGAAGCAGUCUUACUAGACGCCGGGUUGAUGGUUCUCUUCGUCGCGGCCAGAAUCAAUAUUGAAGGGAUUGAGCCGGGGUCAUCAAAUCGAGUCAACACUGCAUUUAUGAUUGUCAUGCACCUGGGACAGUUGGUGGGAACCAAGGCAGCCAACGAUGUUUAUGAGCUGUACGGUGGAUGGAUACCAGCUGGCUGCUGGGGAAUUGGUAUCACGGCAGCGGGUUAUCUCAUCACCGCCGCGAGAGGUCCAUAUGAAAAAGGCUGGUUAGGCUGGAGUGGAGGAUGGGGCAGAGGGAGAAAAUCUGCUGAGGAUCACGUUGAGGAUGCAGAAGAGCAAAGCUUUGGCGCAUCGGAAGUUCACAAAACUGAAAAAUAG